CUCACAUAUAGUUCACACAAAAGAAACAACCAUUCACUUCAUACCUUGUCAUUACUUCUCUCUCUCUCUUUCUCUUUCUCUCUCUUUCUGUUUCUCUCUCCUCUCAAUCUCUAAUCUCUCUGCAACUACUCCCCUCAAUUCAUCAUCAAAUCCCAUUUGGACAGAAACCCAGAAAUCCCUCACAUCAAAAUCCAAAACCCAGAUCAUCAUCCUUUAUAAAGCCUACUACUUCUACUAUUCAACCACACAAGUACAAUAAUACCUAGAACAAGCUGCAGAAAGAAGAGUGUGUUUGUGUGUGUGUUGUGUGUGUGUGAGAGAGAGAGAGAGAGAUAGAGGGCUUGUUUGGUUGUGGAAGAUGGAGCUGUUCCCAGCACAACCGGACCUAUCUCUACAAAUCAGCCCUCCAAACACCAAACCCACAUCAGUUUGGAGGAGGACAGAAGAAGAAAUGGAUCAUUUGGGGUUCUGGAAGAGAGCUUUGGACUCCAGAAACUCCUCCAUCUCUUCAAUGUCCAAAUCUGAUCAUUUCUUCGACCUCUCGCUCUCGAAUCCGAGAGCCUCCGAGCCCAGCUCCAACCCUCUCCACCUCCUCGGCGCCACCAACAAUUUAAUCCAUUCCAUCCAUCAGAACCACCAGUACCAAAAUCACCAACAACAACUCCAUACCCAACUCUUUCAACAUCAACAACAUCAACAUCAAGGAGGACUCAACUCAGAGCAGCUCAAUUUCUUGAGACCCAUUAGGGGAAUCCCAGUGUACCAAAACCCUCCUACUGGUCCUUUCCCAUUCAGUACUCAACAGCCUAUAGAUACACCAUCUGUAUCGUCUUCAGCUACUGCGACUACCACCGCCCCCACUAAUAACUCUGCAAGUCCCUUCCACUCUCAAGGCCUAAUGCGAUCGAGGUUUUUCUCGCGGUUUCCGGCUAAACGGAGCAUGAGAGCGCCCAGGAUGCGUUGGACUACAACGCUCCAUGCUCGCUUUGUUCACGCUGUUGAGCUCUUGGGUGGCCAUGAAAGAGCUACACCCAAGUCAGUUCUUGAGCUCAUGGAUGUGAAAGAUCUCACCUUGGCCCAUGUUAAGUCUCAUUUACAGAUGUAUCGAACGGUGAAGACCACGGAUAGAGCAGCCGCUUCUUCGGGACAAUCAGAAGUAUUGGAUAAUGGGUCAUCUGGAGACACUUCUGAGGAUCUAAUGUUUGAUCUUCAGAACCCAAGAAGGUCUGAGCUAUCGUCGGUUCAACAAGGAAGAGCAAAUGUGCAUCAAGACAAGGAUUAUCAUGGCCUUUGGAGCAACUCUUCAAGCAGGGAAGCUUGGUUGCAUGGAAAACCAAGGGAUUCUGAAGGACACAUAACAUCUCUUGAGAAGGACAUGGAACCUAAAAGCUUAAGCUAUGAGAGAGUGUUAUCAGAUGUGAGCUCACCAAAUCUCUCAGGGACAAGCCACAAGAAGCCCAAUUUGGAGUUCACCUUGGGGAGGCCACAGUGAUUGAUAUAUGUAUAUAUAUACUUAUAUAUAUAUAUAUAUCAACUGCCAUGGGAGUACUACUCAUUUUGAAAUCAUUAUAACUCUGAAGGGGGAGCUGGUGAAGAGAAUCGGGUACCACAGUGGAAAUUAGAGGGAAAAGAAAGAAAAAGAAAAGAAAAGAGAAAAAGAAAAGGAAAAGAGAGCUAAAGAAGGACAAGGAGACAAGAAAGACAGAAAGCAAGAAAAGGAGAAGGGUGGAAAAAAGCAUUUCCUUCCAUCAAGCUGUGAGAUCCAAAUCAACAUAUUUUAUUCCUACGUAGAUAUGAAAUCUAAUUGAUUUUGUAUGUUCUGCACUUAGUUAGAGAGGGGCGGAGAGAGAGAGCUCUUUAAUUAUCUUAAAUUAUGAAGUGAUCCUUGGUAAUUGUAAUGGGGGCACUUUACAUUUAACAAAAGAAUAUAUAUAUAUUAAAUUCUAUCCAAUGAGUUGGAUGCAA